GGAGGGAUUUCCCAGCACAGUUUGAUCUGCAUCUCGUUCCCCCUCCUGCUAAAGUUAGUUACAGCUCCAACACUUACAACGAUCAGAGGGUUUUAACCGGAGCACAAGGAGAUUUGACGGUAGUCGCUCCGUGCGUGGACUCCUCGAGGUUGAAUCCUCGAGUUGACUCAGUCUGCUGGAGAUGAGCUUGGAUAUGAACGGUCGCACCCUGCCACCUUCAAUACCUGAGGAUGGCGAAGCCCCGAACCACAUCCACCACAGAGAGAUGAACGGCUACCACCAGAGGCUUCAGGCUGGGGAUGGGGGAGAGGAUGAAGUCCCGGUGUCCAAGUCUCAGAGACGGAAGAGUGACGUCAAAGUCUAUAAAGAAUUUUGUGACUUCUAUGCUCGCUUCAACAUGGCCAACGCCCUGGCUAACGCCAUGUGUGAGCGCUGCAAGAGCCGCUUCGCCCCGGCAGAAAAGAUAGUGAACAGCAACGGGGAGCUUUACCAUGAGCAGUGCUUUGUCUGUGCACAGUGUUUCCAGCAGUUCCCAGAGGGCCUCUUCUAUGAGUUUGAAGGCAGGAAGUACUGUGAACAUGACUUCCAGAUGCUGUUCGCUCCUUGUUGCCAUCAGUGUGGUGAGUUCAUCAUUGGCCGUGUCAUCAAGGCGAUGAACAACAGCUGGCACCCCGAGUGUUUCUGCUGUGACCUUUGCCAGGCUGUCCUCGCAGAUGUUGGAUUUGUUAAAAACGCCGGACGGCACUUGUGUCGUCCUUGUCACAACAAGGAGAAAGCCCGCGGACUCGGAAAAUACGUCUGUCAGAAGUGUCACGCCAUCAUCGACGAGCAGCCGCUUCUGUUCAAGAACGAUCCCUAUCACCCGGAUCACUUCAACUGUACCAACUGCGGUAAGGAGCUGACAGCUGACGCCAGGGAGCUGAAAGGGGAGCUCUACUGUCUACCCUGCCACGAUAAGAUGGGUGUGCCCAUCUGCGGCGCCUGCAGGAGACCCAUCGAGGGCCGCGUCGUCAACGCCAUGGGCAAGCAGUGGCACGUUGAGCAUUUUGUGUGUGCUAAGUGUGAGAAACCCUUCCUGGGACACCGUCACUACGAACGCAAGGGCCUGGCUUACUGUGAAACGCACUACAACCAGCUGUUCGGAGAUGUUUGCUACCACUGCAAUCGUGUCAUUGAGGGAGACGUGGUGUCUGCCCUAAAUAAGGCCUGGUGUGUCAACUGCUUUGCCUGCUCUACCUGCAACACCAAGCUCACUCUCAAGGAUAAGUUUAUUGAGGUGGAUCUGAAGCCAGUAUGCAAACACUGCUUUGAAAGGUUCCCGGAUGACAUGAGACGUCAGCUGGCCAAGCGUGAACGUGACUCAAAAGAGAAGAAGAAGAAACUGUUGAUACCCAUGUGUCUCUGAUUCCCCUCUUUUUCUUUGUCCUCUUCGCAACUGUUCCUCCUUUGGUCGGUUUUGAUCUUCCUUUACCCUUGUUAGUCUUUCAAUUUUCUGCCACCUUUUAACCCUAAAACCUCUGUUACACUGAGCUCCUUAAAGCAGAGAUUUGGCUUAGUUGUACACGUUUGAGUGAUGCAAUGCUGAAAUGUUUUUCCCACACGUAACCACCUUUGAGCAGGAAAUAAAAAAUCAGGGUUUGGAUCAGCACUUGCUAUGCAAACAGCAAAAUCAGAUCAGUCACUGGCUGAAGGGAAAGCUUUGUUUCGUGGGUCCCCCAGUCUGUCUGGUAUAAGGAGGAAAACCAUAAUCACAUCCGGCAGCUUUCUGGCCUCAUCUGAGGAAAUCUAAAGUUUCCUCAUGGUGUUACUCGUGACCUAGUCUGGUUCGUGUAUAAAUACUUUGACAGGGAACGUCGUUCAGAAAUGGCUGACUGAAAGAAAUUAGAGGGUUAGCCAACAUCUAGGAAGAAAUAAUGACUGGUAAUCUUUAUGCGGACCCAUACAGUGGCGUUUGUUGUGAAAAAUAUAGUUGUUUAUCAGUUCAGUUUAUUUACAUAGUACCGAUUCAUAACAACUACCGUCUCAAUGCACUUUCUAAGACAAAUUCAUAUCAAAUUAAACAAAAUGCAGCUCAGUCCUAAUUCAGUUCAAAUUAAUCCAGUUCAUUACAACCCGUCAGAAGCGAAGCGCUGUCACCCAGGCAAACGAAAGUAGAGCUAUAUCAGUAAAACGUAAAAAACUUUAUUGGUCUAACAAUAUACUUUUGACAUAAGUACAACAUACUAUCAUGUUAUCGCAAAAUACUUUUCAUUUGAACAAUAUGAAUGCUAUAUUGUAUUAACAAGACAAUAUAUCAUUCAAACAUUAAAACGAUGUUAACUUUGAUAUGUACUUACCUUAUAACAUUAUGAUGUUGAUGAUGGUAUAAAUAAGUGGUUAAGAAAAUAUCUUGUCCACUGAAACGCAUUACGUUCUGCUUCAUUGUUUGAAUUUAGCCAUGGAGAUUAUGCAGCAGCUUAGACAAUAUAGUGAUGAUCAUGCAGACACUGAGAAGGAACAAAAUUCAUGGGUUGGUACAGGAGAAGGAAUGGGUCUGAUCCGCUUGAAGUUGCAACUUUUCUCAUUGAUUGAACUGGAGUGCAUUCAGGCGGUUCCGUGAGACAUUUACAGAUGUAUCUGGACCCAUACCGGGCUAAGCUAAGACAAAAUUGGCCAAAACGUACCCCAUGUUAAUGUGGCUCCGAUAACAAACUGAAACCAUUUGAAUAUGUGUAGAUGAUUGAUGGCAUUUCUGAAUGUAAAAUGUUUUUGGUUCACUCAUCUAGUCAGAUUCAGAUCCAGUUACACACAACCCAAUUCGAUCCAAAUUAUUAUACAACGCAGCCAAGUUAAGUUGAUCAUCUAAUUGUCGGACAGUUAAAAGUUAUCUGUCUAAGGAAGAUCAGCUGAUAUCAUCGAGGCAUUGACUCUCAUCCUGAGCAAAGCGUGUGGCAACACUAGAGAGGAACCGCUCCGUUUUAACAGAAAAAAAUCCUCCAGCAGAACCAAUCUCAGUCGGCUGUCUGCUACAACUGACUAGGGGUUGAGAAGACAGGAAGCAAACAAAUAAGCAGGUGCUCCAGGAGUGCUUUUUGUAAAAAAGACAAAGAUUUAGGGGCAUCAGUUUCUCCAUCAAUGGCUUUCUUUAAAAUUGAAAGACCAUUAAGAAAGCAUGCACUCAGCCAGGAAAAACAAAGUACAAAGAGUUAGUGGCAUUUAAAGGUCUGUCAUGGACUCGGCCCAGUUAGGAGACAGCUAAACUCCGAACAACAGAGCUGGAAAUACUUACAAUGAGAGAGAAAAUCAAAGAGACUAUCCAAAUGGCAGCAAUAUCUUCAUCCUGAAAGACACACAGCUGAACACAGAAGCACCUGCUAAAUGUACUUUCUUUGGAAAGACAGAAAACAGGUAGAACACUUUUUCUCAUUUUGUAAUGUGCUGUAGUUGAACUAAAAGAAGAAUAAUGACCAGGUGUCAGUUUGUUACAAAGGUCAAACACCCUGGGAAAAAAUUGUGAAAGAUAUGGACCAAUGAUUAGGAACGGUGAAAAACAAAAGCAUUUAUUUAUCAUUUAAUAAUGUUUAAUAUGAUUUCCCAUGGUAGUGCAGUCAUAAACCAGCAACAGUUCUAUACCAAUAGAUGUUUUAUUGUUUUGUAGCGAGGUCUUACUUCCAGACUGCCACUGCUUAUCUUUUCACUCCACAGGAACAAGUUUGUGGAGUUCGACAUGAAGCCGGUAUGUAAAAAGUGCUACGAGAAGUUCCCCUUGGAGCUCAAAAAGAGGCUGAAGAAGCUGUCUGAAGCUGCUGGACGGAAGUGAAUAGACGGUUAAGCAGCUGAAGGAGAUGAAACCCUGAGGUGGCCAUGCUCGUGCCCCCCACUGAGAGUCCUUACUUGCAGACCCACACUUGAAAAGUGCUGUGCCUUGAUUUCAUGCUCCUUAAACUGGUUUAGCUUUACUGUUAAAGUGCCUUUUUGCUGAAAUUCUGCUUUGUAUAUUUUUUUUUAAUAUAUUUGCUUGUUUCACAGCAACAUUUAUAGUACACAUUCUAUAUUUAAAAGGCUGUUAGAGAGGUAGAAAUAUGACAGGUUGUUUAAUCUGUUGUCUGAAGCCAAAAAAUGUCUCCCAUUAAAAUAAUAAACCUGCUGCCUUUUCAUAAUAAAGGCAUAAAUUCAACACAAACACAAUAAAAAAGAUUUUUUAUUAACUGUGUAUACACAACACAGUAUACUCUAAUGUUACAGGCUUUAUAGUAAUAUUUAUCCUUUUAGGAGAAAGAAAUGUGUAUUCAGUUAGAAGAAGUUAAAUGAACUCUUUGUGCACCAAAUAAUGAUUUUUGUACAGCAUGCAUCAGGAGUGAACAAGGUAUUUUAGAUUGCAUGUUACAGUAUUUACUGUACAUUUUUAUAUACCAUGCAGUAUAUAUGUUUGCAAUGAAAUAGUAAUAGAUGUUAUAAAAUAAACUAAGGAUUAUUUAGUUAUUAAUUUAUUUAUUAAUAAGCAUUGUUUAAAUAAUUAAUACUUUAGUCAUUAACAAUUUAUUAUUUUUUUAUUAUUUACUAAACAUUAUUAUUAAAAGUAAUACAUAAUGAACGAUCAGUGAACUGAUAGUCAUGAGGCAAUGAAAGAUUAGAUACAAAACUAUAAUAUAGGCAUGAAAUUAAUCCCAAUUAUUUAUAAAUCCACCUUUAUUUAGUUAAUACAUAAUAUGGAUACUAAAGCAGAAAACUGUUCCCAUGCAGUCCACUCCAACAUUUGAACUUCUACUUUAAAAAUCCGUUUUGUUGAGCAACACGAUUUGAAAACAAGUGCUGAACACGUUAAGUGCCACUGUGACAGGAUUUAAUUUACAGCAAUUACCGCGUGUGUUACUACUUGUCCAGAGACCGGAUGUAGGACUCAUGUUCAAUGUUAGUGUGUUUACUUCUGUUGAUCAUAAAUCCAGUGAAAGUGAUCCUCUUAAAGGAGUGUACCAACUUCCUCGGAGCUCAGACUUGAUUUGGGAAAAAAAGCAAGAGCCCACUGUUUCAAAAUAAUUGUUUUUGCGCUGUACUUUAUCUUGUAAUGCUUCCUCUUUGCAUUUUGAUUCAGUACUAAAAAUAAAACACAUUCCACAGUCAUGUAAACACAAAUGUUUCUUUUUUGCUUUUCUGUAUUAUGCAACUUUUCUUAUGCAGAAGCACCCAAUGGACUGGUUGUUGUUAGGCAGAACUUCAGCCGCUCUAUAAAUACUGCUGGAUGUAGUUUUAUUUGAUAUGUUACAAAAUAUGUCAGAUAGAUUAUGCAAAAUAAAAUGCGCCUGUCGUACUUACUUUCCCUCUGAAGGUUUUUUUUUUUUAUUAUAGACAAAACACCAAAGUGCAUAAUUUAUACUUUGUUUUAUUGUUGCUUUAUUGCUGUCGAUCUGUCUGAAUAAACACAUUAUAUCCAA